GAUUUUAUUCCGUAGCAAAUGAUUGUAGGCUUUCAGUUUCAAUAAAACUUUCGAUGGUGAACUACAACGCCGCCGAGCCUCAGUUAAUCUUUAAUAGAAAACAAACUCAAACCAAGAAAACACGAAGAAAAUAAUAAACAACAUUUUACUCAAAGUGGAAUUUAAACAACAACAAAAAGAAAAGUUCUUUUUUGUGCAUUGUAUUUUCUUUAAAAAUAAAUUAAAUUUUCUUUUUUUUUAUUUGUUUGGUAUACAAAAGUAUCAAAUAACUUGAGUGCCAAAUAAGAGAAUUAAUAUUAAAACAGCUUAAAGGAGUCAAUGAACGUUUGUGUUACGUUACGUGUGUCCUAAAUUCAGUUGAAGAAAGAGAAACUAUAAAUAAAAUAAAAACUUAAAAACUCUUGAAUUAAAGUGACAAUUAUAAUUUUGUUAUAAUUUGAUAUCAGUUUAGUAGCAGUGAUGGAUGUUUGCGGAGUUUAUGUCGGAGACGGGAGCAUGGCCUUUGGCAGCAUGCGGAAUACCUACUAUCGAGACUAUGAACAAUUUCCUUAUGGAUCUCUCGAAAAUCAGCCUAGUCUGAUGUUGAAGGAUUCCUACAGUAAAGUUAAAGAAAAAUGCCAACAAACCAAGGUUACGAAGUCAUCAAAGAAGGAGUGUCCAUUUUGCAAGGAAAACAAAAAACGCCCAUUAACAAAAUACCUGCGAACCCGUGUUAUGCGAAAACAUAGCGAGAGUAUUUGCGAAGAGAAGGAAGAAGAUGAAGAAGAACAAGAAGGUGGACAUCAAGACGAAACCGAAGAACACAACCAUGGCGAUCAAUACACGAAAUAAUAACGUCAAAGCCAGACAUUUUAGCAUUUUCUUGUUUUUUAUUUAAGCACUAUGAGCAGCUUUACAAAAAGUUUCAAGAUUUAAUGAAGCUAAUGCUUUUCAUAAUUUAAUUUAAUUUUUUUUCAUAAUUAUCUUAUUUAAAAUAUUAUAUUUAUAUUUAAGACUGAAACGACUAAUAAAUUAUACAUUUUGGGAAAAAAUAUCGUUGAUACGAUAAAAACAAAACAUAACCAUAAAUUUGAUUAACUCUUCUUUUUAUUAUUAUUAUUAUUAUUACUCUGAUUAUAAUUAUUGCUCUAUUUUAUUUGUCUAUAUUAGACACAAAUGCAUUAAAAUAAUUUAUAUAUAUUCGAUUUAAAUUAAGAGAAGAGAAAAUUGUUAAAUUUAGAUUUAAGAAAGUACCACUGUGUACUUAAAGUUUAAACAAAAUUAUUAGCUGUAAUAAUAUAAUAAUAUACGAGCAGAUAUUAAAUUGUUACAAUAAAUAGAAACAAAUAAAGAUGUGGUAUGUCUUUGUUAUAUAUUUAUAUUGUAUAUGAAAAAAUAAUUUUAAUAUAGUCUUGUAUACAUUUUAUACAUAAUGUUAAAUAAAUUUGUUAAAAAAAUCUUUUAUUUAACGUCAAAAAUAAAUGAAAUGAUCUUAUAA